AUGGCAUCUAAGCAGGAUCUGGUACGAGAGUUUGGGCCGGUGCUCGAACGGCAUCCAGGCAGUUUGGAACGACUGCUGUCUCUUGCCUCGACUUUCAAGACGAAAGCAGAGGAUUUGGCAUCAAAGUGGGAGUCCCAUGCUAUAUCGCUAAGUCGUCAACCUACUAGUCGUAGUAGUAGCAGCAACAAUGACCACAGCGUCGACUUGUCUGUUCCCACACUCGAUGCCCAUUUCGAUCAACUGCGCUCGACAUUGCAAAAGGAACAGGACGCAAGAUACAAACAAAACUAUGGUGUGAAUGACCCAGCAUCUUCCGUCUUUGUCAAGAAAGGACCAAUGGGAACCACAUCCGAUGCUCCACUGCUCAAUAAAGAGAAUCUACAAGACUUUAUAGACAGCCAAAUAUUAGGUACUCCAUUGGCUAAACGUGGAGGUAAUGUUCGAGGCACUGUCAAAGUCACCCCACGAAGCAACACCAACAAUAAUGCAUAUUCUGGUUACGAUCCAUUCGAAAUGCCACCACCAAUAUCAUCUGCUGGUAAACGACCAUCGUCUGGAUACCCAAAUACUCCAGGCCAACAAAGUAAACGAUCAAACCUAGCUACCGAUACACCAACCUCAUUUACACCAUCUCCAUUGGCUCAAAAGUAUAAAGAUCGUAAUAACCGAGGAGCCAUUGUAGAAAAGUAUGGAGAGAAUGUACCAUAUGUGCCAGGAGACAAGACCAAACCUGUAUCGUGUGAGGUAGCAAUCGUGCCAGGUCAACAAACGGAAGGUUAUCGAUACUUGAAUGAAAAGCUAGCUGAUAAAGGUGAUGCUCUUGAUAAUCGUAUCGAAGAACUCACUCGUAUCAUGAGAGAGGUCGUACAGCUGGAACAUACCGCUGCGAAGGAAACUGCAAACACAAAUGGCAGCCCUGUUGUCAAGAUGAAUAUAGAAGAACCUGAAUCUAAAAAAGAAGAAGAAAAUGACUUUGCACCUGUUGGUGAGCCAAGUCAGGACUCUGUGAUAACUUGUGGUCGUAUAUGCGUUGAUUCUUCAGAUGGUACCGCACGUCUCAUGGAAGGCAUGGUAGUUCUAGAAGGAUCAAGAGAAAGUAGUGGUGGGGAUCGAGUCAAAUUAGAUUUAGGUGGUGUCUCUGAAUCUGGAUUUGCUCUAUUUCCGGGACAGAUUGUAGUAGUGCAAGGAUCCAACCCAACUGGUCGAGUAUGUAAUGUGACGAAAAUACAUCAUCCGCCACCACUUCCGCUUGCUCAAACGGCAGCUACACAGUUGCUCGAGCUCUAUCCCGCCGGCGAUGGUGAUAAAUUACGACCCAUCAAUAUAGCUAUAGCUUCAGGACCGUAUACAUUAGAAGACUCGACAUCUUUUGAACCACUCGAAGAUCUGGUAGUCAACUUCCAAAAAGAUCCACCAGAUGUAGUUAUAUUAUUAGGUCCAUUUAUUGAUGCCGAUCAUCCAAUCAUCCGAAGUGAGGAACUGGACGUUACCCUGGAAGAAUUAUUCGCCCAACAAAUAUCAGCACGACUGGAACGUAUGCUCGCGAAUCGACCAUCUACAAAGAUCGUUAUGGUGCCAUCUGUACGUGACGCUGUAUCUCGAUGGAUUUGCUUCCCCCAACCACCACUCGCAUCGGCAUUGAGACCCGAAGAAGCAAACCGUAGACGAGGUGUAUUAGGUAUACCAGAUGACGUAUUACUACUACCAAACCCAGUUCAAUUGACUAUAAACGAAGUGGUGGUUGGUAUAUCUACCAUGGACGUCUUGACUCACUUGUCGGCCGACGAGUUUGCUCGUUUGCCACCUGGUGGACGACCAGACCGUGUUGGACGACUAUGUAAGCACGUGCUUGAGCAACGAAACAUGUAUCCCUUAAUCCCUGGUAGCGUAGAUGAAGCAUGUCUGGAUAUGAGUCGCUAUGCAGCAUUGGAUUUGCAAGCUACUCCCGAUAUAUUAAUAUUCUCGAGUGCAUUAAAACACUUUGCCAAAAAUGUAUCUGGAUGUCUAUGUAUCAAUCCAGCACACCUGGCUAAAGGCCGUGGUGGUGGUACGUUUGUUAGGAUGUGUGUGCAGCCUCUUGAUAUUGGGGCGAUGAGAGAGCAGUAUGGUGCAAGGACGGAUGGUCAAGAAGACAUGUGGACGCCGCAUUUUGUAGCAGAUCGUUCUCGUGUUGAUUUUGUCAAGAUAUGA